AUGGCUGCUAAACUUAACGAAUUGUGUCUUCAAAAAACAUUUAAAUUCGCUAGUGAAUAUCAACACGACUUAUUUAAUUGUGCACUUGUCAAUCGCCAUUGGUGUAUGAAUGCAAUCCCGAUUUUAUGGAGAAUCCCGUUUCCUUUUUCAUUACACGGUGGACCAGCAUUUAUUUCAACUCUCAUAAAAUACUUAACGUUAAACGAUGAACAAAGAGCUCCAUUUUUAUAUUAUCGAUUAAUCAAGCAAAUAGAUGUAUACCUUUUCGCGGAAGCGAUUCAAGACUAUUUGUUAAGUUUACCAAACACAAUUCAACAAGAUUCAUUGAAUAUUGUGACAUUGUGUACGUUGAAAGUGCUUUGUCAUAAAUUGAUCAAUACUGAGAAUAUCAUUUUUGAGCUCGAUUAUCGGUAUCGGUAUUUUGACAAUGCGCAAAUUCUACCUUUUGGAGAUUGGAAUAUUUACCAAAUACCAAAUGCCCAUGUAUCAUUGAGAAAUCUGCGCAAAUUAAGUAUCUCUGGUGUUGAAAGCAGCAGAAAAAUUCUUGAAUCCGCAGCUAAAAUUUCGCGUAACCUUUCAAAUCUCGAAAUCACUUGCUAUUGUUUCACCGAAUAUGAAGAAUUGUGUUGGCUAAUUCAUUAUAUCAAAUUGUUUGAUAAUUUAAAAUGUCUAAAUAUGGAUGUAUCCAUCACACACGGUGACAAGCUUUUGUCUGAACUCGGGAAAAACUUGCCGAAAACACUGGAAACUCUUUGCUUAGCGGGGAGUUUCGAAUUUUCAAAGGAAUCACUAGAGCAGUUUUUGCUUGGGGCAAAUCAAGUAAAAUUUCAGUUAUUAGGCUUUCCGAAAUCGCAAUUUAUUUCAGACGAACAUUUGGAAACUAUUUGGAAUGCGAUUUACGAUUCAAGCUUGGAUAUUAGCAUUAAAGAACUUGAUAUUUCUGUCGGAAAACUUGUGACCAGAAAUCAAGCAAAAAAAUUUCAAGACCGAGGAAUUAAACAUUUAAGUUAA